GAAUAAGGCGCGCUUCAGCGCGUCGAGCGCUUCGCCGCCGCCGCCCGCCCGCCCGCCCGCCGGACGACGAGGCGCCCCCUGAGGGGCGGAGGAAUCGGGCCUGGGGAGCGGGCGCUGAGGGAGGAGCCAGGUCGGAGCUGCCGAGGGCCCUGGCGAGGAGGUGGAGGGCUGAGGCCCGGAGGAGGCCCCCGCCGCGAUGGGCAACCUGGAGAGCACCGAGGGCGGUCCGGGCGAGCCGCCCUCCGUCCCGCUGCUGCUGCCGCCCGGCAAGACGCCGAUGCCCGAGCCGUGCGAGCUGGAAGAGCGAUUCGCCCUGGUGCUGAGUUCCAUGAACCUGCCUCCUGACAAGGCCCGGCUUCUGCGACAGUACGACAACGAGAAGAAGUGGGAUCUCAUCUGUGACCAGGAACGAUUCCAGGUGAAGAAUCCUCCCCACACCUAUAUCCAGAAACUUCAGAGCUUCUUGGACCCCAAUGUAACACGGAAGAAGUUCAGGAGGAGAGUUCAGGAGUCAACCAAGGUCCUGCGGGAGCUGGAGAUCUCACUUCGCACCAACCACAUUGGGUGGGUGAGGGAGUUUCUCAAUGAUGAAAACAGAGGCCUGGACGUGCUGGUGGAUUACUUGUCAUUUGCCCAAUGUUCUGUCAUGUUUGACUUUGAGGGUCUGGAGAGUAGCGAUGACGGUGCGUUUGACAAGCUCCGGUCCUGGAGCAGGUCAAUCGAGGACCUGCAGCCGCCCAGCGCCCUGUCAGCCCCCUUCACCAACAGCCUCGCUCGCUCUGCGCGCCAGUCCGUGCUCCGGUACAGUACUCUCCCUGGCCGCAGGGCCCUGAAGAACUCCCGCCUGGUGAGCCAGAAGGAUGAUGUCCACGUCUGUAUCCUUUGUCUCAGAGCCAUCAUGAACUAUCAGUAUGGCUUCAACUUGGUCAUGUCCCACCCCCAUGCUGUCAACGAGAUUGCACUUAGCCUCAACAACAAGAAUCCAAGGACCAAAGCCCUGGUCUUGGAGCUGCUGGCAGCUGUGUGUUUAGUGCGGGGAGGUCAUGAAAUCAUCCUUGCUGCCUUUGACAAUUUUAAAGAGGUGUGUAAAGAACUGCAUCGGUUUGAGAAGCUAAUGGAGUAUUUCCGGAAUGAGGACAGCAACAUUGACUUCAUGGUGGCCUGCAUGCAAUUCAUCAACAUUGUGGUGCACUCAGUGGAGGACAUGAACUUCCGGGUCCACCUGCAGUAUGAGUUUACCAAGUUGGGGCUGGAGGAAUUCCUGCAGAAGUCAAGGCACACGGAGAGCGAGAAGCUGCAGGUGCAGAUCCAGGCAUACCUGGACAAUGUGUUCGAUGUGGGGGGGUUGUUGGAAGAUGCUGAAACCAAGAAUGUAGCCCUGGAGAAGGUGGAAGAGCUAGAAGAGCACGUGUCCCACCUCACAGAGAAGCUGCUGGACCUGGAGAAUGAGAAUAUGAUGCGGGUGGCGGAACUGGAGAAGCAGCUGCUGCAGCGGGAAAAGGAGCUAGAGAGCAUCAAGGAGACAUACGAGAACACAAACCACCAGGUGCACACUCUUCGGAGGCUCAUUAAAGAAAAGGAGGAGGCCUUCCAACGCCGAUGCCACCUGGAGCCGAGUGCCCGGGGCCUGGAGGCCAUAGGUGGUAGCGAGGCCCUAGCCAGGAUAGGCCCUACAGAGUUGGGUGAGGGCAUGCCACCCUCUGACCUGGACCUGCUGGCUCCAGCCCCACCUGCUGAGGAGGCCCUUCCUCUGCCCCCUCCACCGGCUCCACCUUUGCCCCCACCCCCUCCUCCACUACCAGACAAGUGUCCCCCUGCCCCACCUCUCCCUGGUGCUGCUCCUUCUGUGGUGUUAACAGUGGGCCUGUCAGCCAUUCGAAUCAAGAAACCUAUCAAGACCAAGUUCCGGCUGCCAGUCUUCAACUGGACAGCACUGAAACCCAAUCAGAUCAAUGGCACUGUCUUCAGUGAACUUGAUGAUGAGAAGAUCUUGGAGGACUUAGACCUGGACAAGUUUGAAGAGUUAUUUAAGACAAAAGCCCAGGGUCCUGCCCUUGACCUCAUCUGCUCCAAGAAUAAGACAGCACAGAAGGCCGCCAGCAAGGUGACCCUUUUGGAAGCCAACCGUGCCAAGAACCUGGCUAUCACCCUUCGCAAGGCUGGGCGCUCUGCUGAGGAGAUCUGCAGGGCCAUCCACACGUUUGACUUACAGACACUACCUGUAGACUUCGUGGAGUGCCUGAUGCGCUUCCUGCCCACAGAGGCCGAGGUGAAGCUGUUGCGGCAGUAUGAGCGUGAACGGCAGCCCCUGGAGGAGCUGGCCGCUGAGGACCGCUUCAUGUUGCUCUUCAGCAAGGUGGAGCGGCUGACCCAGCGAAUGGCUGGCAUGGCCUUCCUGGGCAACUUCCAGGACAACCUGCAGAUGCUCACACCGCAACUGAAUGCCAUCAUUGCAGCCUCUGCCUCCGUCAAGUCCUCACAGAAGCUGAAGCAGAUGCUGGAGAUCAUACUUGCAUUGGGGAACUACAUGAACAGCAGCAAGCGAGGUGCUGUGUAUGGCUUCAAGCUGCAGAGCCUGGAUCUGCUGCUGGACACCAAGUCCACCGACCGCAAGCUGACACUGCUGCACUUCAUCGCCCUGACGGUGAGGGAGAAGUACCCAGACCUGGCCACCUUCUGGCAGGAGCUGCACUUCGUGGAGAAGGCUGCAGCAGUGUCCCUGGAGAACGUGCUGCUGGAUGUGAAAGAGCUGGGCCGGGGCAUGGAGCUGAUCCGACGGGAAUGCAGCAUUCACGACAACAGCGUCCUUCGGAACUUCCUCAGCACCAAUGAAGGCAAGCUGGACAAGCUCCAGCGCGAUGCCAAGACUGCGGAGGAGGCCUACAACGCAGUGGUGCGCUACUUUGGCGAGAGUCCCAAGACCACACCUCCUUCUGUGUUUUUCCCAGUGUUUGUCCGAUUCAUUCGUUCUUACAAGGAAGCAGAACAAGAGAAUGAAGCCCGCAAGAAACAAGAGGAGGUGAUGCGGGAGAAGCAGCUGGCUCAGGAAGCUAAGAAGCUGGAUGCCAAGACCCCAUCCCAGAGGAACAAGUGGCAGCAGCAGGAGCUCAUUGCAGAACUGAGGCGGCGCCAGGCUAAGGAGCACCGGCCCGUUUACGAGGGGAAGGACGGCACCAUCGAGGACAUCAUCACAGUGUUGAAGAGCGUCCCUUUCACGGCCCGCACUGCCAAGCGGGGCUCACGCUUCUUCUGUGACGCAGCCCACCACGAUGAGUCAAACUGUUAGCCCUCAAGGCUGGGGCCCUGACAGGCUUCAACCACCAGCCCAUGGUCAUUUGCAACCAAGCCAGGAGUGCUGUACCACCCAGUGGCCCUCCUCGGGCUCCAGGUCCCCACUGAGAUCCUCGUGGAGGCAGAAGUACUUUAAUUCUGAGUCCUGCAAGUCUGUCUGGACAGUAGACCCAGGGCCCGGGGCCCAGCAGAAGGCUGUGCUGUUCCAGCCACAGCCACUCUGCCUCUGAGGCUGGAUCUUCCCUGUGCCACUGGGUACUAGGUCUGUAGGACCUGGCACUUCCCUAGUGCCUCCCAUAAUGCACCUUGCCCCCACAGUCUUCAGCUUCAUUCAGGCUGGGAAGAACCACUUCCAGCUUUGGCUCAUGAGGGCAGACGGCCCCUUUUCCACUAGAGUCUAAUGGGAUGAAAAAGGAGAAUGCUGUACUCUCUAUAUAUAUUUUUUUUCUUUUUGCAGUCCCAUGGUCAGCUCUGGUCUGGAAGUAUCCAGGCUUAUGGAUCCCUGGACUCUGCCAAUAUCAGAUCAUCUCACAGAGUAAAGCCCUUCUUUACCUGGGCUCACUCUGCUAAGCCCUAGUAAAAAGGGUAGAGGAGCAAUGUCAGGCCCACUGCCUUCUUGCACAUUCUACCUGAGGCUUAUUUUUUGUCCUGCCCUCCAGACCCUUGGUCCCACCCACCUUGGCAUCCAGUUUCUUGGCUUCCUGAGCCAGCUGCUUCUCCCGCAUCACUCCUGCUUCUUGCAGGAGUUUCUUGCUCCACUUCUCAAAACCAAAGGAUUGUGGGGGAAGACUUGAGGCUUUCAAAGAUGGAAAGGGAGGGGCUGACACUGAGUAUGGAGAACAGGGCAGUGGGACCAGCUCACCCCAGGUGGCCACUCUCCGGAGGGGCACUUCCUGCUCCAAACAAUGAAAGGAAGGGCCUGGACCCCACCCUGCUCACUGUCUUCCCACUGACUGAAGAACAGAGACACUGCACCAGCUCCAAGACUGCUAGAGGAAGGAUGUGCCAACGUCUCACCUUUCCUCAGCUAGGUGGAUUCUGGCCGGGAGCAGGCAACAUAAAGGACCGUCAUAGACUAUUUGCUCAGUUCCCUGUUAGGUUCUCUGACCCUGGAAGGGAAUUUGGGGGCACUUUGUUUUUGUACAUGUACCAUUUCCUUUCUCUCUUGUACAUAAACCCCACACCCUCAACAAAGUCUUGUGCACCAG